AUGGCCAAAUCCCCCGAAAUGCAGGAUGAAAAGGACUUUACGACAGGUACGGUAGAAGGGUUGGAGAUGGGAAUAACAAAUCAGUCGACUCCUACGAAGAAAGUCGCCUCAUUCACAAGCAAGACCUCCGGAUACUGCCUUUGUCAGCUGGGAUAUAUCUACUCUGCUACCUGGAUCGUUCAAAUAUUGCGCUGGAUUGCCUUCCUUAUGUUCUCAUGGGGAGCGAUCACCAUGGGCCUUGGAGGUACACAAAACUUUGGUCAGGUGGCGGGUGUACGCUUCCUCCUAGGAGUAAUUGAAGCCGGUCUAUUCCCAGGUCUGGUAUAUUAUCUCACUUUCUGGUACAAAGUCUCAGAGCGAUCAUUGAGAGUCGCUCUUAUAUUGGCUUCCGCCACUUUGGCUGGCGCAUUUGGAGGAGCUAUUGCAUACGGAGUGGGAUUCAUGAACGGUGCAAGUGGUCUCUCCGCCUGGAGAUGGCUCUUCAUCAUUGAGGGAGCUCCGUCUUGUGCAUCUGCAAUCCUUGUUUGGUUCAUUCUCCCGGACUAUCCGGAGACAUGCAAUUUCCUUAACUCUGAGGAAAAGGCGUUGGCAAAACAGAGACUUGGCGCGGAGGGAAGCGAUCGCGAAAGAAGGUCAAUGACCUGGAGCGAUGCUAAAGCUGUCUUGACCGAGUGGCGACUUUAUGCACAUUAUCUGAUUUACUUUGGAAUUUCCACCCCAUUCUCUAGCCUGUCACUUUUCACCCCGACAAUUACAGCUGGUCUAGGAUACGAAAACCUCAAAGCCCAAUUAAUGACCGUUCCACCGUAUGCCGUGGCUCGCAGUCUUCACUCCGCAGUAUUCUCCUUCAUUGGUGCCAUGGGUUUCCUGGCUUCGGCAGUUCUCCCUGCAGAUGAUUACCGCUCUCGAUACGGAUGUUUGAUAGUCGCGGCUUCGGGGGCAUUCUCAUGUAUCCCUCCUCUCUUGGGUUGGUUGUCUUCCAAUCUACACUCGUCGGCUGAGAUUGGACUAGCCAUUGCAUUGAAUAUCUCCUUCGGAGCACCCGGUCAAAUCGUCGGUGUCUGGAUUUACAAGUCCGAUCAGCAGGCGCGAGGAUUUCCAACCGGACACUGGACGAACGCGGCACUGCUUCUUCUUGUUUCAUUUACGUGCGUCCUUAUGCGACUUUAUUAUGGAUGGUUGAAUAAAAGGUCCCCUCACAACCAAAUAAAAUACGCUUACUGA